AUGACUACUGACCGCAUCACUUCUGUUGCUCCCCCACGCAACCCGACGCCACCAAAAGAAGCUUGGGACACUUCUAAAGAGACCUCGUUCAGACUCCCCGACGGCGAAACCAAUAUCUGGAUUGCUAAUACUGGCCAUGGCGAUGGAAAUGACUAUCUCGUUGGAUCUGGUGACACGACAUUGGCGCGAUGGUCGGUGGAUGGUCGUGAGACCAGAAUAUCGCCAGCCAUGGUCAACGACAACAGAGCUCAAUUCGGCCCCGUCUUUGAGCUAGAGAUCUUGAACUCUGACGUUGCUGACCCCCGUUCGCCUUUCGCAUCUCACGGUAGACAGCAAGACCUCGCAUUGACCUGGGCGUCUAUCUACGCUCUUUGGCUGCACCCAGAUCACAGAGACGAUGACUUGAUAGCCAUCUCUGUCGACAGUCAAAGAAUUGGCGAAUACAUCAAGUGCACCGGCCUGGGCGUGCUAUCGCCAUUCUCACCUACUACAACUCCCCGCGAGACUAUUUACUGGCUCUCCCACGAUGCAUUCUGGCAAGGCGCUGGAGCACCCGACUCACAGCACUGGCUUCAAUCACGACCUGAAGUGACAUCAUUCCCAGGCUUCAACGGCACAAUGGGCGUUUUCGCGAACCAAUUGGGCUUCACGCGCAAGGGCAACGUCUGCACCGUCCAUCCCGUUCGACCUCCCAAGCCCAAGCCUGGCACUGUCAUCUACUCCCGCUUCAUCGUCGAGCUUGGUCAGCAAUUACAAAUCCGACACAUCGACGCGUCCAACCCCGUUCACUUCGAGACAUACAAGCGAUGGCAGAACUCCGACCGAGUCAACAAGGCAUGGAAAGAGCGUGGACCAGACGAGCAUCAUCGAGCAUACCUUGCCAAGCAACUGGAAGACCCUCAUACCAUGUCAUGUGUGUUUGAGUGGGACGGAGAACUCGCAGGCUACACCGAGAUUGGAUGGGCCAUGGAGGACAACGCAGCCUGCUUCUUUGGGUCCAACUGCAACAUCACAGUGGGCGAGCACGACCAGAACUCACACAUUAUAGUGGGUGAAGAGCGCUUCCGCGGCGGCAAGCGGUAUCAGGCUGUCGCCACGUCGAUCAAGCACUGCUGCUUCCUGCGCGAUCCUCGCACUAAGCAGGUGAUAGCCGAGCCUGAGUAUGAUCUUAACCACGUUCAGAUCCAGGACAGGUUUUUGCCGCAGGAGAGGAAGAAGCGUUUCCACCUGCCGCACAAGACGGCCAUGCUGUUCGCCCUGCAGCGUGAGCGAUUUUUCCAGGAGGCGCAUUUUGUCUAA